CUUCUCCCACAUCCAGAUCACGGAGCAGCUGCCAAACGGCUGCGUCGGACAACGGGGUGGCCGAGCCGAGCCCCGCAGGCAGGCCGGGGACGGUGACAAUCCCCCGGCGGGACGGACACGGCCGAGGGAGCCCCACGGUGACACGAUGGGUGGUGGGAGGGGAGCAGAUCCAUGAAGAUCCUCGGAGUUGGGGCUCAGGGCACGGAGCAAAGCUGCCCUGGCUGAGGCAGAUCCAGAGCGGGAUCACGGCCGCGAGAGCCUCGGCAGGGCCGGGAGUGCCGCGGGCUCCUGCAGGACGUGGAUGCUGGAGGACGAUGCCGGGUGGAGCCGGUGGCCGGGUGCUGCUGCUGCUGCUGUCUCUGUCCCUCAGCCUCGCAGCCGAGGAGCUGCUGUGUGCCUGCGAUGUGCCCCACUGCAGCCAGCCCAACUGCACGGGCAAGGUGUGCUUCGUCAGCAAGAGGAGGGAGGAGGGAACCAUCACCCAGCACCGGGGCUGCUUCUCCCAGAACAUCCUGGAGCAUUGCCACACGCCCGUGACGGAGCAGUACGGCAUGAGGUGCUGCAACUUCCGCAUGUGCAACGCCGAGCUGGAGAUCUUCCUGCAAGGAGAAGAUGCCCUGGUAAAGACGCCUUCCCUACCCAACCUCCUCCUGAUGAUCUUCGUCCCACUGCUCUCCCUCCUCGUCCUCGCGGCGCUCACGGCGCUCUUCUGCUGGAAGGUGGCCCAGCACCGCCACAAGCACAGUGACUUUGGUGACACAGACCUCAUGCUGAAGGCAUCCAUGAUGGGAGACAGCACCUUAGAGGACCUGCUGAGCGAUGACUGCACCACGGGCAGUGGUUCUGGGCUGCCUUUCCUGGUCCAGCGCACGGUGGCUCGGCAGAUCACCCUCAUGGAGUGUGUGGGGAAAGGGCGCUACGGCGAGGUGUGGCGAGGAGUGUGGCAUGGCGAGAGCGUGGCCGUGAAGAUCUUCUCCUCCCGGGACGAGCAGUCGUGGUUCCGCGAGACGGAGAUCUACAACACCGUCCUCCUCCGGCACGACAACAUCCUGGGUUUCAUCGCCUCUGACAUGACGUCCAGGAACUCCAGCACGCAGCUGUGGCUCAUCACACACUACCACGAGAACGGCUCUCUCUACGACUUCCUGCAGAGGACAGCCCUGGACGUGGAGACCUGCCUGGGCUUGGCCUCCUCCAUCAUCUGUGGCCUCGUCCACCUCCACGUGGAGAUUUUUGGCACGCAAGGCAAACCUGCCAUCGCCCACCGGGACCUGAAAAGCAGGAACAUCCUGGUGAAAAGCAACCGGCAGUGCUGCAUUGCAGACCUGGGGCUGGCGGUCAUGCACUCCCAGGGCAGCGAUUACCUGGACAUCGGCAACAACCCCCGGGUGGGCACCAAGCGCUACAUGGCCCCGGAGGUGCUGAGCGAGCAGAUCCGCACCGACUGCUUCGAGUCCUACAAGAAAACGGACAUUUGGGCGUUCGGGCUGGUGCUGUGGGAGAUCACCCGGCGGACGGUGGUGAACGGUAUCGUGGAGGAAUAUCGGCCGCCCUUCUUUGACGCCGUGCCCAGCGACCCCAGCUUCGAGGACAUGAAGAAGGUGGUGUGUGUGGACCAGCAGACCCCCGUGAUCCCAAACCGCCUCUUCUCCGACCCGGUGCUGUCGGCACUGGCGAAGAUCAUGAAGGAGUGCUGGUACCAGAGCCCCACGGCCCGUCUCACCGCCCUGCGCAUCAAAAAGACCUUGAAGAAGCUGAACAAUUCGGCAGAGAAGCCAAAAGCGGAGCAGUGA